AUGCAUCGAAGGUCAGACGCUAGUCGUAAAUUAACAAAAAAGAUACAUAUUUUAUUUGAUGGACCAUACCAAAUUGUACGCAUAGUUAGGCGUAACGCAUAUGUAAUUGCGGAUUUAGAUGAUAAUGAAAUAGGCGUUUAUAACUCGAGGCAAAUAAGACCUCAUAGGGAAGCGCAGUAUAGGCCUACACAGGAAGAAUUAGAAGACGACAACGAAGAUUCAACAAGACCUCAAGGCGAAACGCAAAAUGACGAAGAACGCCAAAGCGAGGAGAACUUCGAGAGUAUUGAAGAAUCAGAAGACUACGACGAAGAUCCAAUAAAAUCCCAAGGCGGGCCGCAUAACAACGGAGAACGCCAUAGCGAGAAGGACUUCGAAGACAAUGAGGAUACAGAGUAUUUACAACAAGAGGCCGAAAGUUACGAAGAACAGUAUUCACAAAAUGAAUCAGAAGAACCUUAUACAGAUAACGAAAGGUACGAGGAUGAACAUUCCCUACCGGAUCAAGAGCGAGAAGACAGCUCAGAAGACGAAGAAUACGUCAAUAAUAUCCGAAUAAAUACAAUCACGAUAAGUGAUAGCGAUGAAGAAAUAUCUUCAGAUAUAGGAUCAGACGAUACGAUCUUACUGGAAAGUCAGUGGAAACGAGCAGAAAGAGGUAGAACUCUGAAAACAACCCUAAAGUCAAAGAAAGACAAUAACGAAGUUGACAGGGAAAUAAAACAACCCGACAACAACAGCUUCGAGUCUGCAGGGAUGAGCAACCUACCGAUUAAAAAAGAAGAUCAUAGCGAGGAGAAAACCGCUCAAGAUCAAUAUGCAAUAACAGAAAGGAUUUUCAGCCAAUCACAAGACAAGGUGAAAACCGAAGUCACUUCGAUUGAAGAAAAAGAAGAAAAUUCACGUCAAAAGGACGAAGAGAGUCAAGAUACAUCAAAAGAAUACGAGCAGGAACAUCAACCUGAAAUUUAUAAUGAUACCUAUAUAAUAGACCAAUCAGAGGUCAGGAAAAUUGAAAAUUCGCCUGAAUUAAUAAAUAGGCGUAGAGACGAGCGAAAAGCCGUAAUAAAUGUUAAAUCAAUCUUAAGAAAGUCAAGUACAAGACAAAGUGCGGAAAAAUGCACGAAGAGGCUAAAGGACUAUUUUAUAAAUCCAAAGGAUACAACGGACGAGUCAGACGAAGAGGAAAGAAGAUUUUCGAGUGAAGAAAGGUAUAAAACUAAUGGCGAGAAACUCCAAAACGAGGAAACACAGACCAUUCCUGGAAACACUCUGAAGAUGAAGAUAAGUAAGAAGGAAGUUACAUGGAAGUCCAGCCCUAAAACGAAACAAUGUUACCCAUCGCAACAAUUGCGUGAUUCAUGCCAAACACUGUCAACAACGACGGAAACCCGCGAAAGGGCAAAGAAAGAAAGUGAAACAAAGAAUAACAGUCAAAAGGAAGAAAAGUUAAAGCAAAUAAAGAUGUCUUCGUCGGAAACCGACAUUAACUUCGACAUAAAGGAGUUAGAAAGAGAAGAAAAGGAAGUGGCGGAAGCCCUGAAAGAAGAAAUAGAGAAGAAAUUUGAAGUGUUGAGAAGAAAGAGGCAAUUGAAAGAAAUGAGAUUCAUGCUUCAAAAACUGAGGAAGGUACCACAAGAGCAACCCACCGUAGACCUCAGAGCAGCAAUCCAACAAACCGAGAUAAGAAAAAUAAUGGAAACGUGCAAGAACUUGACAUAUAAGAGAAAAAUUGUAGAAGAUUCUUUUAAGAUCCAGGAUGACGAGGGACGCGAUGUGUGCAAGGUUAGUGCCACAAUCCAGAACCUUAGACGAGAGAAAGAGAAAACAACAACUAUGUACCAAGUAUAA